GUGACCAUCAACUCCAAGCUGAUCACCACAGUAGAUGUAGUAGAGCUGUCCCAGUACCUCCACAUUGCACAUACACAGAUAACACUUCUCAAUCUUCAGUCAUUUGACACAGAGCAGCAGUUCUGUAGACAAAUCAAACAAAGUUUUGAGAGAGACUUGUCUGCUGAGUCUCUGUUGAUUGUACAGUGUGACAGUGGAAAUGAGAAUGCCAGCCUUGUGGCCUGUGCCCAGUAUUCUGUGUUAGAUCAACUACAACAGCUGGAAGAUGAGAAGACAGGGAAGACACACAUUGUCUUCAUCAUCCAUCUCCCCAGGGUGGCAGGGGGAGGAUUCACAGGAUUUCAGUGUGGUCUGUGGCACUCUGUCCACAUCGACGACCUUCGACCAGAUGAUGAUAAAAUGCCCAGUUUUCUGGAACUGAGAAAUAAGAGUGUGGGGACUCUACUAGAAAGUGCUGCUGGCCCCUCUAAAUCCAGAGACACAAAAGAAAUGGACUGGGAGGGGAGGUCAGACCAUGAUAAACAGGAAACUGAGGACAUAGAAAUGGAGUAUCAGGAUGUUUAUCUACAUGACUUUGGCAGCAUGAUGGAGCGAACCGAACAAGUCCAUGUGGAGAAGAAGGUGGAUUUUCCGUUUUUCAUAAAACUUACAGCACUUCCAGCCCUAGCUAUGGUGAAAGAUCCUGCUGAGGACUCAGCCAGAACAACAGAGAGAGUGAAGAUUCUGUUAGCGCUUCUUCAUCAAGAAACAAAAGAGAAAGUGACAUUCAUGAAAGGAGUAGGACGCCACCUAGCGGCCCUGAUGAAGGAGAAAGAGGAGAACAUCGGACAGUCUGCUGAGAGUUGGUUGUAUUCAGAGGCCACCAACAUGGACUGUAUCAACAGAGUGGGGGCAUUCAGAAAAGCUCGAAACGAGUGUAUCAUUGAGAAAUUGUCCCCCAUGUUGGCUGGCAUCAUUGCGCAAGUGGACACCAACAGUAACCUUGACCUUUUGAUUAAGACUGACCCAGAUACCUGGCAGCACAAACUUUGGCUUGAGAUCAUCAAUGAACCCUCAGCCACACAUAUAGAGUAUUCCGUCAUUAUGUCCCCCAAAAGACAACAGGAACUUCCAGAGAUGAUAGUGAGGGGGACGGGGUGUGAUGGACAGAAAUUUUCAGCUCAAGUGCCUUUCUCCUGGCUAAUAUACAAAAUGAUUUAUAGAACAAUUUGGAUGGCACAAGAUGUUGAAAAACAUGAAACAAUUCAAGACUUGGUCAAAAGGGUAACAGAUGUGAUUGAAAAUACACCUAUUGGAAAAGUACUUCAAAAGUGUCUAUGUAAAGUCGGGGUGCUUGAAUUUGUCAAGCCAUAUCUCAGUGAUUUUGUUUAUAUGGUUUAUCAUGUGACCAGUGUUGAGGAACAUGGGCUGGUGUGUGAAAAUUUACUGAAUGGAAUGAAUAUGGACUUCAAAGAAGGACUGCAGAGUGUUGUAAUGAACUUUGUAGCAAUCCAUGCUGUAUACAAUAGAUAUGUGCCAAGACUUAGGAAUUUUGCCAGUAUUACUCAAGUGUGGCCUGAGUGUAGUGCCAAAAUCAUUGAGUUCCAGCAGAAAAGUCCUCAAUUCUACCUUGUCACGACUGAAGAACUGACCCUGGAUAUACUUGGCCUCUACCUGUUGUUACAAUCCUUGGAGCCUGGUAAGGACUCACUUAAUGACAACAGGGGCAGACAAUACUGGCAGAGACAGGUGCUCAGGUACCGACCUGUGGUGGAGAGGAUUCUGGGACAGUUUGUAGAGGAUGAGGAUCCGUCAGGAGUGGAGCAGUUUGGGAGAAGGUGUAGGGAGGGUAGUAAAGAGGCCAGAUGCCAGUGGACUAAGGUUGUAGUUAUGAAGCUGUUUCUUCAGCAUGUCUGUGCAGAGGACACAGCAAUACCAGUGGAGCGAUGCAAGACGUUAUGGGUGAUGCUCAAAGAUAAUGUGAACUUCAAGAACAUUGAAGCUUUGGAGAAGAUGGAGAAAUUCCUGAAAAUGUGUAUGAAAAAAGCAGUCACCACAGCGUUUGGAAGGUUGGGUAGUUGUAAAGCCUGUACUUGUGAGAUCACAGAGAGACCUAUACAACUCCCCUGUAAGGAUGUCAUCUGUAUCAAGUGUUACAACGACACGAAGAUUCUGAGAUCUACUGAAUGUCCUGUCUGCCAUGAUGCGAUUCCUAAUCACUUCAAUCCCCAUCAAGUCUACACCAAAAACCUGAAGAUGUACCAACUGAGGGUCUUCCAAAGACACUGUAACAGUUUCUUUAUGGACCUGGUGUCCCAGCUGUGUUUUACCGAUGAGGAGCCACCGUCCAGUCAGGUGAUUCAGAAGCUAAUGUCGUACAUGUUCAUCACCACCAGAGCUAGACGGGGCCAGGGAGGAAGAAUGGCCACCAAGGAGUUGUCAGUGUUUGAGGAAGGCAUUGAUCCUACACCAGUCCUACGAUCCUUCCUCCUACAGUAUCUUAUCAGGACCAGCUCUGGAGAAGAAUGUGGGUGUCUACAGAUUUACUUGGAGCAAGUGGAGGAGCUGAUGUCCCUCAACGAAAAUAAAGACAAAAUGAUAGAACUCUCACUGUUGGUUAUUAAUUGCCUAGAGGACUCCCUGCACCAAGAGGUUACCAAAAGUGUUGACCCAGAAAAAUCUAAAAUCAAGAUGGCGACUCAGAUGCUUCAGCACAAUGUCCAUCUGGUGAUGAAGGAGGGGUUGGAUGUACAGAAGCUGUACUGUAUGGCUGAGACCAGGUUUGGACUGAUUGUUGUGGCCGAGAUCCUCCACAAGUUACUGGUGGAGAAGUCUAUAAAGAUGGGACAGAGUGUCAGAAGACUUCUAGAAGCUGCUGGUAGGCUGUGUGACGAAUGCGGCUCAAAGCAGCCAAAGCUGUUCCUGAUCAAACACCUCUGCCGAUGCUUUGGGUUGGAGACCUAUCAGAAAGUCUGCAAGACGAGUGAUGCUGCCACAGUCCGCUGGUUGAGUGUACCAGAACUCCAGAAAAAUGAGAUUGCAGAGUGCAGUGACAGGUUUAUUGUAUGUGGAGAACAGUACAAAACUCUGAGAGAGAAGUUAACCCAAGCAACCUUGGGACAGAAUAUGGAUCUACUCAACACUGCUUUAGAGAGUGUCAGGGUACCUGAUUUCCAGAAAAGAACACUAGCUCUCUUAGCUAUAUUUAGGGAAAUAACCAUGUCGUAUUUAUACCCAGAAAACAAGAGGAGAGUUACUGCUGCUGCUGUUGAACUAUUACAUCAGUUUAGGGCACAACAUCCUUUGUUUGUAAAUCAGAACAAUCUUCCUAUGGCCCUGUGUAGGAAUGCCCUGUGGAGGAGGAACCCUCAGCUGACUGUACAGGAGGGGAUGGACCUGGGACAUCAGAGUAAGGUGUGUCUGUUGAACCACUUCUUUAUCACACUGUUACAGAUCCCAGAGAAGAGGACACUCAUAGAACCCCUCAACAAACUGGUGCAACAGCCACAGGACAUGCAGGGUGCUUUCCUUCCCACAAUGCCACAAGAUAAUGUUGCAGAGAUGAGAGAGGCUUUAUUGGCUGCCAGAGGAGUGAACGAUGCAAAUCCAGUAUUCUAUCGUUGCCCAAAUGGUCAUCCCUAUGUGAUUGGUAAUUGUGGCAGACCAGCCAUUGUUGGCAGGUGUAAAGACUGUGGUCAAGAAAUUGGAGGUCAAGGUCACCAAUUAAUAGCUGGCAACAUCCUUGACCAAGGGUUAGAUCAGACAGCCACAGGUCACAUUCUGGGUCGAGCAGACGGGAGACAACCUGUAGCCAGCCCUGAGAGGAGUCUGUCACCCAUUGAGUGUGCUAUAGUCAGACUCUUCGCCCACAUGGCAAUGUACUUAGGAGCCAGUAUUAACCUUCAGGCUAUACAAAGCAUAAUAAAACCUGACCUAGAUCCCGCCACAGUCCUGCCAUUCCUGUGGGCUCACAUAGAGAAAGAUUUCCUGACCAUCCAGAAAGCCAUAGGGAAAAGUGUGGACGAUGUCUAUAUCCUGAUACAUAGAAUCUGUAAUGACAUCAUGGAGAAACACAGAGGUACUCCAGUAAAUCAGGAAAUAUGCUUCUUGGCAAAUAAAAGUAGUAGAAAGAAAUGGGAAGAGGACUUUACCCAAACUUAUCUAUCCCCAGUUCUUCAAGAAAUGAACAGCUUUUUGAAAUCUUUGAAUAAACAACUUGCUAAUGAUCAGAGACUUGGUUCUGACCCUUUGCUGUGCCUGAUAGACAUUCCCUCUGAGCAUUCCUCACCGAGCACUCUUCACAACGUUCCAGCCGUGUGGCGCUACCGCUCUCAGAUAACCAUGGACCACCUACUGCACACCUUACAAGUACAGGGCAGGGCUCAUCAAGUACUCACCAUGUUCUUACAAGAGGAGCAUCAUCUAAGAGCUAUCCGCCUGGUACCAAACAUCCUAAAGCUUCAGAGGAUGUUGAUACAGCGAUAUCAAAGAAAGCUGGACAGAAUUGAGGCUUCUAGAAUUUCGAUUGAAGAUAUGAUAGAGUCAUAUGAAAAUGAGGGCAGAGCAGAAGAGAUCAAGAGAUUAGUAAGGGACUUCAUAGAGGCAUGGCAGUGUGUACGGGAACAAAUUCUGACAUUUGCUUUUCCCACCCUGGAAGGAUUGGCAAGGGUACCCAAGGAGUAUUGUCAUAAGUCAAUAAAUGAGAGUCACCCCAUUUCUGUAUUGUUACCCACCUUCAGGGAUGCCGGACUCUGCUCCUAUGGCCUCCUGUACUUUUUACUGAAGAAACAAAAUAACUUUCUACAGGAGUACUGCAAGAAGAAAAAAAUGCAGUACACACAGCUGCCGAAGGUGCCGGUGAAUGACGUGACCUCCCCCCACCUGAUCAGCUACCACCCUGAACGGGACAUCCUCCCCAUGGUCCUGGCCAACUGUCACUACACAUUCCAGGUGGGCAAGGGAACCAAGAUAGAUUACAACUUUGUGGACCUGGAGCGCCAGCUGAUGGACCGAUUCCUGUUUUCCAAGUCGGUCAUAGACAUGCCUGUUUAUGAGUUUGAGAUGAUGACAUACAGAUCAGAGACAACUAAUGCUGUGGUGUUUAGACAUCUUAGACAGAAAAUCAAACAGGAACCUUUGACCCCAGCAGUAGCCAAUCAGAUCAGUGAGGAAAUCAGAGCUUACCCUGACCUCUGUCAGACACUUGAUAAACUUGACAUUACCAUCAGCUUCCUGAAAUCUGUAGGGGGUGAUGCUAACAUGUCCUUGGAGAAAUUCAUGACCCAGACUCUUAAAAUGGAAAAUCCAUUCCCCAGUCAAAAGGCAAGGUCCUCCUGUAUGUGUAAGCAUACUCAAUCUCUCUGGAUCACUUUAGCAAUGGAGAAAACCAAAAGACAAGCUUCACACAAAGAGGAUGCCUUUGAGGGUGUGUCGGGUGAGUUGAGGGUGGACCUCCUCCCUGACCAGCGUGACAUCAUCACCACGUUCUGUGAGGAACUCUCUGUAGAGAGACUAGAACUCCUGCUGGAGACCCUGUUUGAGUGUAUCAUGUUGACCAUCACGGUCCCAAAAGGAACCGAUGAUGACGAUUUAGACAUGACCAAGCUCAGCCUAAGAGACACAAUGAUUGGAUAUUUGUCAGCUCCUCAAUAUGACCUUGACCUGACCUACCCAAGAUGGAUGACUGACCUUGUGGGGAGAAUCCUCAAUGAGGGAGAAAACUUCACCAAAAUCAUGAACAAUCAAGCGGUGGAUGUGUGGCUGUUUUUAUAUGCCAUCUACUCUCAGAAACGAAUUGAAAGGAGAUAAAAUAAAAUAUGUGUAUAGUGCUGAAAGACAAUUUGGAAGUAGAAAAAGCUAUACCCGCAAAAAUGAAGCAAAAGGAGAUAAAAAUGCCUAUGACAGAAUGCUUAAAACAAAGUGAAAAUACUGUAGAGGAAAAACAAUUUUUUUGUUUUGUUUACACCUUGUGUCUUAAAUAAUGGUAAUGUAUUCGUGCAGAAAGGAAGAUUAGUACAUGUUUUCUUGAGUUUAAGACAUUGUUUUUAAGAUACCAUGCAUGUACAAUUAGAGUUCUGCUAAUAUGCAUAUAUUGAUUCAUUACAUGAACAACCAUAUAAAAGGAAAGCUUUGUGAUGAUGUCAAUGAUUGAGGUUCUUUGUGAUAAAAAUACACAUGUGCCAAUGAAUAUUUGUACAUAUAGCUGCAUUAGAAUCAUCAAUGAUACUUUGACAAGUUUUCCAUGACAAUUUUUGUACAUUUAUUGUAUGUAAGUUUGGUACAAUAUUGCAAACAUUUUGAACACAAUUAAGUUCUAAAAAGUCUACAGGAAAACUUUCAUAUAAUAAAUAGUUUCACUGUUGGUUUUAUACAUACAUUCAUAACAUGAAUUCAUAACAAACUUGUAGG